GUUCUCUUGGACGGAAACAGUAAAGACCAGAUAUGAACUACCGAUGAUCUUGCUACGCCAUCAAUAUAUCAGAAAUGAAGAUGCAGUAUGAAGCGAGAGAUAUGGUCUCGACCGUCGAUGAUCGCUCGUGUUAUUGGCUUGCUUAAGCUGCGAGAUAGUAGACCAUCUUGGAUCGAGGGGAAGAUAACUAUGGAUCUAGUUGAAAAGAGCGAAAUAAAGACAUGACUUUCCGACGAGGAGCUCCUACUAAUCGUAGGUAGGAGAACCCGAUGUGUGCAUUGCAGUCACGAUGUUGCGAUCGAUCGUAUUGGUGUCAUUAGCUUUAGUGUGGAAGCCGGAUUACACAGCGGCUCAAUCGUCAGAGUAUGAAUACGUUGUGGUCGGUUCUGGACCGGGUGGUGGGCCGCUGGCAGUGGAACUAGCGAAGUCCGGGCACUCGGUACUUCUUCUGGAAGCUGGAUCCGAUCUAUCGGAUGAUCCUAUAUACCAAGACACCAGCAGAGCUUCUGAAGCGGCCAAUGAUGCCAGAACAAGAUGGGACUUUUUCGUAAAGCAUUCCGACGAUCCAGAGAGAGAAUUGAAGUACGAGCACAUGACUUGGCGCACCACGAAUGGGUCGUUCUACGUUGGACUUGAGCCCCCUGAGGGCGCGGAACAGCUUGGAAUCUAUUAUCCACGCGCUGCAACUCUCGGUGGAUGCGCGAUGCAUAAUGCGGCCGUCCUGCACUUACCUAGCGACAAAAAUUGGGAUUAUAUUGCGGAUAUUACGGGCGAUGAUUCAUGGAGGGCGUCUGAGAUGCGAAAGAUCUUCGAAGAGAUCGAGAACUGUCAUUACCUAGAGAAUGGAACUGCCGGCCAUGGCUUCUCGGGUUGGUUGGAUAGCAACCAGGGCAAUGAUUUCUGGCUGAGUAAUGCUACUGAUGGAACAGCACUUCUGAAAGCCGUGGCGGAAGCAUCCGGUUCGGUAGGAAACAAUACUGGCUCGGCAAUAUCUGACGCUGAGUUGAGGAACCUUUUGAAUAGGGACAUCAAUGCACUUGAUCCAAACCGCGACCAACUUACUGGGAUCUUCGGCAUGGCAACCCAUACCGACGCCGCUGGACGCCGUUUCAGCCCCGCGAACUACAUCAAGAAGGCGCUGAAAGAAAACCCGGAGCUUCCACUAACCGUCCAGCUCAACUCGUUUCUCACAGGCAUCACGUGGGACCAGCUACGAGACUUCGAGCCUCCCGCCGUCAUGUCCAUAGACUACGUCGUAGGGCCCAGCGCGUACAAAGCUGACCCUCGGUACGAUCCCAGUCGGAACACCACCACUGGCUUCUCCUGGGUUGGUAAAGAGCUCAUCAUCGCUGGUGGUACUUUCAACACCCCUCAGAUUUUGAAGCUCAGCGGUGUUGGCCCAGCAGCCGAACUUGAGAAACAUAACAUCACUGUAGUAGCAGAUCUCCCGGGGGUUGGCGCAAAUCUCGGAGAUAACUACGAGGGCGGUGUCCUGUCUCUCGCUUCGAAGCCCUUCCAAGGUCUUAGCGGCCCCUAUGUCGUCCAGUUGAAGACAUCGGUAUCGGACGGAAAUCGAGAUAUAUACGCAUGGCAGUUAAACUCCGGCUUUGAAGGUUUCUGGCCUGGGUGGCCUGAUAACUUUGGACCGAACGUCUUAACAAUCCCAUUCGUUCAUAUGGACCCGCGUUCAAGUGGCAAGGGGACGGUCGAAUUACGCUCCGCCGAUCCCUUUGAGCCACCUGAGAUCAAUUUCCGUUUCUUCGAGGGAGAUGGCGAAAAGGAUCUGCAGGCUAUGCUUGAAGCCGUCAAGUUCGGUCAUAGGUUGAAGAGCCUUCUCCCGGAAAGCUCGGGUCUAACGCCUUUCGAUGAGAAGCAUCCGUGUAGGGGAGAUGACUCUGCUGACUGUACCGAUGAGUCAAUCAAGGAAUAUCUGAAGUUACAGGCUUAUUCGCAUCAUGCAAGCGGUACGUGUGCGAUUGGGAAUGUGUCCGAUCCAAUGUCCGUUCUAGACUCGAAAUUCAGGGUGAAGGGGGUGAAGGGUCUGCGCGUCGUUGACGCGUCGGUCUUCCCUAAGCCGCCUGGAGCGUUCCCAGUGCUUCCAACAUUCAUGAUAUCGAUGAAGGCGGCAAAGGAUAUCUUGGGAGGUGCUUGAAGGACGAAUUUGUAGACGAAUAGUGAUAAUUAAACUCUGUUUCGGUGACUUGAUUGAAUGAACGACGUUCGCCAUUCGCGUUGUGUCCGCCCUUCAGCCCUAAGAACAUAUCGCGAAAAUGACGCGAGCGUUUCUUA